AUGAUGGUAAACGCAUCAUCGUCAUCAUCAUCGGUGGUCUUUUCUCAAACAAUCGCGGAAGGGCAGGCGCGAAGGAAGUGGUGGUGGUGGUUUUUAGCAUUCGCGCGCUUCUUUACUCAGAAGAGGAACUUUGAUUUCGACCACCAGGUGACACCGUACGUGAGCACGAUUGCGCCUCACGAGGUGUUCCCGAGUGUGGAACUGAUUUUUAAGGGAAGCCACCCGGGCGUUUUGAAUAAAGGUGCUCAGAUUUCUGCGCAGCCGUUUUUCUCUCCCGAGAACAGCGAACGCGUCGCUUUGGAAAUGAUCGAGGACGCGGAAGAAACGCUGGAUAUAUUCACGCCCGGGGUGAAGUUUUGGUCCUACGAGAGAAGAAGGGGUGAUGCGACGACUACGGAGAAUGCUACUAAGAAUAACAACAACAACAACAACAACAACUGCGGCGGGGUGUUGCCGUCUCGAGCGAUGGCGAAAGAGAGUUUUCCGGUGUUCUUCGCGCUGUUGAACGCGGCGAAAAGGAAUGUGACCGUGAGAGUGUUGACGAAUAAAUACGACGACGAGGAGGUUGGGUGCGAUGGGAGGGUCACGAUGAAAGAUUUUCUGUCUUUGGCGAAUCCGGAAAAGAUGGAGGUGCGCUACUAUCGAAGCACUUCGUUCAUGCACGCGAAAUACAUCGCUCGAGACGGAGGGAAAGCGAUGUCAAUUUCUUCCGUGAAUUGGUCGAGAGAAAGCAUGAGAGAAAAUCGAGAGGCGGGAAUUAUUUUAAGAGAAGGCGAUGGUCCUGAUCGUCUGUUUGAUCGCGUGUCGAACCGCGCGUUUGAGUACGAUUGGAAGCGGGCGCAAAAGCACGCGAGAGGCGUCGAGGACAUCGCGAAAGAGGAGAUGGCAAUCAUCAAAGGUAGCGCUGUUGGUGAUGCAAAACUUGCAAAGACGAAAGGAAUGGCGAAUAAAAACGCUAAAAAUACUAUAGCAAACGACGACUCGGUAAAACCGUUCGUCACGAAAAUGGAAAAAAUACCUCUCGGUGAAGGGAGCAGCGUCGAAAUGUUCGUGUCGCCGGAUUUCUCGCGCGACUCGCUUUUGCGCUUCCUUCGAAGCGCAGAGAACGUGGUGUACAUUUAUACGUACCAAAUCACGGACGAUGAAAUCGCAGACACUCUCGUUGACCUGGCAAUGAGGAAUGACGUGAAAGUAUUUUUGAUGCUUUCGCCGCGCAUCUACGCGGAUUGGGAUCGUAAAAAAGCGAGUCAAGUACAGACGAGGUUGAGUAAAGCGGGAGGUAAAAAUAUUAUCAUCCACUCCGCACCGAAACAUUUUCGGUACUCGCACUUGAAGUUCAUCGUGAAAGAUCGAAAAAGCACGUUCGAAACACUUUUAAUGACGGGAAAUUUAUCUCCCUCAGACCUACCAGAAGGUAACAUCUUCAAGCCGUGUCACGGCAUGUCUUCCUGCAGCCGAGCGAAUCGCGACAUAAACGUGAUUUUUCGCGAAAAGGACGGCGCGAUCGCUUCAAAGUUCCUGGAAGUGUUUGAAGGCGACUUAAAAAUGGCGACGGAGUAUUCUAAUCCAACAAAGUAUUAG